ACCUCUCCCUCCAUAUAAACACCGCCGGGAGUUUCCGACAAAUCACAUUCAGCCGUCAAGACUGAACAAUGGUUAACAUGAGCUAUCACCAAUUUUUACUAAAAUAUCCACAUUCGAGUUCAAGACAGUCGAGAAGGCGAGCGAAUAGAAGAAAAAGGAAUUGUUGGGACAAGUUAUCUCCAACAAAUUGGCAGACUUGAUUAACAGAGACAUUCUAAAGGUCCAGUGUGAACUGUGUGGCCGAGUACCUGUGAGUUGUGACUGACUGGCGAGAUGACUGCCGAGUGGCUACACCUGCCCCCACCGUACCCCCCUGGCGUGGGGCCGUUGUGUGGUGCAGAGUUGGAGGCGUGGUAUGAGGACCUGCAGGAUAUUCUGGGCUCUGAUACAGGAGGGGCAAAACUGGCACGUGCCCCCACAUGCACCGAGAAAGAGCCGGAGUUUCUGGAUGUUCUGGAGAGUUGUUCUCUGACAUGGCUGACAGACGGAAGCCAAACGUGGGGCGAGGGUGUUCAGAGGGCAACAGAGGAGAUCCACAACACCCAGCCUCUGCAUCACACCUCAUCAUCAUCCUCAUCUUCUUCCUCCUCGUGCAUGAGUCCAGCUGUUGCAGAAGAGCGGCGGGCAGAGGCUGAGAGUGGGAGAGGUGGAGACACCUCGGCAGGAGGCGGCAGUGAUCUGCUGCCUCCUGAGUUCUUUGAGUUGCUGAGUGAAGGAGGAGUGGGAAUGGUGGAUCAGAGUGGAGCGGUGAUCAGUGGUGGCUAUUAUUACCACCACCAUCAACACCACCCAGAUAAUAACCCCCAUCCUGCAUCUCCCUCAGCAAGCGAGGAGGAAUUGCCCUGUGUCCCCGAUUCUCCAUCCUGCUCCUCCUCAGCCUCCCAGUCGCCAUCUCAAAAUUGUUCUUCUCCCUCCUCACCCGUCUCCUCUCCCUCUGUCUACCCGUCCUCUCGCCUGGGAAAACGCAAGAGGACAACAAGCGAGAGGGCCAAUGGUGCCUUGUCCUCUUUCGCCUCCUCCACGCAACGAACAUCCUCAUCCUAUUCGUCUGCCAAAAAGAGCCGCAAAGAAAGAGAGCAGGAGAACGAGAGGAAGGUACAGGAGCUGACGGAGCAGAAUGAGCGUUUGAAAGCAGAGAUUGAAAGGCUGGGAGAGGAGGUACAGAGGACACGCAGAGCCCUGAUAGAGAGAUUAGUCAACACCAGGAAAUGAGGGGAAAACAAAUGAAAGACAGAAUGGAAGACAGUAAUAAAAGAUGACAGGUCCUAUAGAAUUGGAAUAAGCAUUGCUGGGGAAAGGUGUAACAUGGUGGUCAUGAAAUGCCUCUUAGACAGGAAAGGAUGGAAACCAAAGAUACUUUUUUGGAGGGGAGGGAGACAGAGCUUAAGAUGGCAAGAAGCAGGAAAGUGAUGAAAGUCAGGACAAAAGGCUCAGAGAGAAGGGGCUGCAACAGCAUUGCGGCAAACAAAAAGACACAGCAUGUAUAAAGGAAAGGAAGAACAGACAGCUCUAAGUGCUAAUGAUACAGUGGUUUUGGUGAAUGUUUGUCAUUUUAAAGAAUGCCUAACUCUAAGUUCCACCAAAUAGAAUGUCAGAAAUAACAGCUGGGGACAUUUGAUGAUCUGUAUGUAGGACAGAAAAGAACUUAGUUCAGAGAGUGCAUUUCAUUGUCAUCCGCUCCCACCAUUUUGCAAUAAUUGUAACUCCUACGUUAAGGGCUGCAAUCCCGCUAGCAGAGAUUAUUUGCCCCAAUUUGUGGAGAGUUUAGGAGCUCAGGAAAAGUUUGAAAGUGCCCAGAGCAGUGUGAAAAUGAGAGAAUGAGGUUUUUUUUUUUUUGUUUGUUUUUUUUGGGGGGGGAGAAUUCAUACUCUUUCUUACUUUUUUAAUAACCCAUGGCUUGUGUGUAUGUGUAUUUAGAUAAAGUAAGUAGGACCCGGCUAUACUUUCUGAGCUGACCUUUUCUAUCAAUAUGGUAAUUUGUGGUAGAAUUACCACAACUUUACUAUUUUUAUAUACCGCUGUAAUGCGUAUGUACACAAUUGUACUGUAAUAUGAUGACAUAUCCACUGUUACUUUAUCAUUGUAGUCACAUAAAUUGUUAAUUGUAUAAUAUGCAUGGCUUUUACCACUGAUGGCAUCAAAUACAUGUACUUUACCAUACCAUUUAUUUUAUCCUUCAUUGUAAUCCUGAAUUUGCAAUAAAAGAUCAAAUGUG